AUGAAUGUAAAAAGAAGAGGAAACAAUGUCUGCGUCUGGUCCUAUCAGCAACUAUUAUGUGGACUCUCUAAUCAGCCAUGAGAGUGAAGACCUCUUGGCUUCCAGGUUCCCAACCACUGGGGCUCACCCAGCUACUGCCAGACCAUCAGGAUUAGUGCCGGACUGUGGGGAUUUUCCUUCCUGCAGCUUUGCCCCGAAGCCUGCAGUGUUCACCACCUCCUGGGGUCCUGUGCAUUCCCAGUCCUCAGUGGUGUACCAUCCGUACAGCCACCACCAGCCACACUUGGGCGCUGAUGCCAGAUAUAUGCGCACUUGGCUGGAGCCCAUCUCAGGGACCGUGUCUUUCCCAGGGUUUGCAGCAGCCAGCAGCAGGCACUACGGGCUGAAGCCUGAUGCUUUCCCCAGCAGGAGGGAGUGUGGCCCCGGUGAUGGCCGCAGCUAUCCGGAUUACAUGUAUGGAUCCCCCGGCGACCUCAGAGACAGGCCACCCCUGCACACUAUCCCCUCCCCGGAGUCCGAGGGCAUACUCUCCAGCAAACACAAAGAGGACAAGUCUGAAUUGGACCCGAAUAACCCAGUGGCAAAUUGGAUUCAUGCUCGUUCCACGAGGAAGAAAAGAUGUCCUUAUACAAAAUAUCAGACUUUGGAACUCGAAAAGGAGUUUUUAUUUAAUAUGUACCUAACCAGGGACCGGCGUUAUGAGGUCGCUAGGGUGCUAAAUCUCACUGAACGGCAAGUUAAAAUUUGGUUUCAAAACAGAAGAAUGAAAAUGAAGAAAAUGAAUAAGGAGAAAAGCGACAAGGACCAGCCCUGAAGAAUAAAACACACACACUUAUCGAUAACCUCGUUAUAGCAGAUAUGUGAAGAAAACAUUUUGUUAUGGGCUCAAGCAUUGCCUAAUAAAAUAAACUUCUAAUGACUAUGAAUGUGGAGAUCUGUGUUUAGAGUAGAUAUAAACACACACGCAUUUUGAAAGCACACGCUUUUUAAAAAUGCAGUUCAAAUGUUUCUCUUCUCUGUCUUUAAGGAUAAAAAAAUACAACAAAAAAGAAAAUACAAGAAAGUACUUGAAUAUUUUUUUUUAGUAUUUUAUUUUGUAACUUAUACUUAUCCAGUGUUAAUUUUUAUUUUAAGAAGUUUGUGAGUGCAUAUUUUGUAUAAUUCAAAUCAGAAAUUACCAGUAUGUUUUGUUAUAGUAUUGAAAGUCUCUUGGAUGUAUAUAUUUAUGUAUUUUAUUCUUGUCACAAAAAAAU